AUGAAUCGAAUAAAAAUUGUCGGCAAUGAUACAGAGUUGUACGCAGUGGUAUGCUCGCCCAAUGAAUUGAACGCGAUGCUAGAAACCAAGGAUGUAACACUGACUGGCGAUCCACAUAUCUGCCCCUUGCACACUGUAAAAAAACCCAUAGCUGUUAUACCUAUAGUUUCCGGUAUCUCGAGGAAUUUCACUUACAAAAGAUCCAUUGACAUUGGGAUACUGAGGUUGCACGAAAGCGGUCUCAUGAAGGAGAUAAUAUCUUAUUGGAUAGACAUGAACGACCCCAGAGAAAAUAAACCAAACGUAAUAGAACCAGUUAAUCUAAAACAGACAUGGUUACUGUUGCUUGUGAUGAUUCACGUAACACUGAGAUCGGUUCAAUCCGUGAACGGUGUAAUAUGGGACAAGAAAACCGAAGAUUUCGUGCCGAUCUUCAGUAUUCCUGUCUUCGCGACGAUGAAUCAGGAGCUACUGAACCGAAGUCUGAAAAUCGAGACGCACAACUUUCAAGGGAACGAUGUCAGGUUCACUUAUUACGAGAUAAAAAAUAUCAUCAAUAAAGAAAGUAAUGGAACGAGAGUUUCCGGGGCCAUCGGCGAAAUAUGGAACACCAUGUCGGAAUUAUUAAAUUUCACGUUGAAGCCAAUGAUCAGCGAAGUACCAACUUUGGGACAUACAUUGGGAAAAUCAUUCAUGCCCGGUUUGUUGAGAACGAUACAGUUUAAUGAAACGGACGUGAUACCGAGGCUGGAAACUCGCAUAAAACGGCUUCGGGCUGCUCAGUUUUCCCACCCUUUAUGGAAAACCAGCUUGCACAUGUACAUUCCACUAAAUGUAAAAUACAUUCGUACAUGGAUGGUGAAAGUAUUCUCCCCGAACGUCUGGUACGCGAUUUUGGCAACGUAUGUUUUAUUGAGCCUCUCUAGCUAUCUAACACAAACCAUGGACUCAAACUUCACGCAGACAAAGUCGAACGUGACCUUCAACGACCACCUCUUCUACAAUUUUGGCGUGAUCUGCGGUCAAAGUUUCGUGUUAAGUGUUUCUAGCAGAAGCUCCAAGAUCGUGGAAUUAUGCUUGGGCCUAUUUUCGUUUCUAGUGAGAGCAGCUUUCGGUGCACUUUUAAUAAGCUACUUGACGCAAACGAACACGACGCCCCCUUUUCAUGACGUAGAAUCCCUAUUGUCGGAUACUACGUACGAUAUUGUCACUGAAGAAGGAACUUACGGAGAUAUGCUGUUUAAGUUUUUUGGGGGCGAACCAUAUCGCACAGUACGUAUACUAAAUCGACACAGAAGUUUUGACACUACUAAAGAUAUGCAUGAGAUGUUGUGCUCGGGGAAAAAAUUAAAUGCAAUGACGGAAAUGGAGGACAUGAAAAAGGCUAGCGGUCAAUAUAUCUGCAAACUAAACGAAGUAGGAAUGGCCUUAUGUCAAACGGAUAUAGUAUCCGGAAUUUCAUGGAAUUUCACUUACAAAAAAACAGUCGACAAGGGGAUGAUCAAGUUGCAUGAAGUUGGUAUCAUAAACAGAAUAAAAGACGUUUGGAUAGAAUCGAAAAACGUCGAAGAAACUGUGUCAGAUGAAGCAGACCCGAUUAUUUUUGAACAAGUGUAUCUAAUUAUCUUAAUAUUCGGUUAUGGAGUGCUGAUCUCUUUUAUAAUCCUCAUAUUUGAAGUCUUAACAUUUUGUGUUACACGAAGCUGUUGUGUUAAACGAAACUGUUGUAUUUAA